AUGUUGGAUGUAAAGGAAUACUGGUUUGCAGAUGAUGCUAGUGGAGCUGCCACUAUCUCAGAAAUCAAGCAAUGGGGGGAUGGUCUCAAUACAUUCGGUGAAGAUGUUGACUACUUUCCAAACGCAAAAAAUUGCUGGAUUAUUGCAAAGCCAAAAAAGGAGGCACUUGUUCAACCGCAAGCCAGCUAUGCCGUCAACACGUUUGGUUUAAAACAUCAUUGGGCGUUCUUCCCACGAACUCUCCCUGAUAUCCAAAAUCUUCUAGAGGCACUUGAAAAGACUAUUUCCGAGGUCCUUAUACCACCAAUCGUUGAGCGCAAGUGUAGCAAACUGGAUAGAAAUGUUCUUGCACUACCAGUGCGCCUAGGCGGCCUGGGCAUGAGCAACCCAUGUCACGAGGUGUCACGCGAACAUGUAUCAUCUAUUCAGUCUGCUGAUUUCGAGUUCAUUUCAGACAUCAACGAGUGUGUUCAAAACCCCAAUUGUAGCGAGAACGCCAACUGCACAAACAUCGAGGGAUCUUACAACUGCUCUUGUAAUCCUGGAUUCAGCGGAGAUGGACAUGAAUGCGAAGCCUUAUUGAUGUGGACCACUGAUUUAAAUUCAGACAUUGAUGAGUGCUCUCAAAGCAGCCACAACUGCAGCAAUAUAACUGCCACUUGUAACAAUACGAAGGGAUCAUUCAAGUGCAUUUGUAAACCAGGAUUCAGUGGUGACGGAAACAGCUGCACAGACAUCGACGAAUGUGAGAAAAAUACCCACAACUGUUCUCAUGGAAACUCAACUUGCCAGAAUAACAAGGGAUCAUUCGAAUGCAUUUGUAAACCUGGAUUCCGCGGAGAUGGACAGAACUGCUCAGACAUCGACGAGUGUGCUGAGAAUAUCCACAACUGCAGUGAGGACAACGCUGUUUGUGAAAACAGCAAGGGAUCGUUCAGCUGCUCUUGUGAUCUUGGAUUCAAAGGGGACGGAUACAACUGCAAAGACAUCGACGAGUGUUCCGCGAAUAUCCAUAAUUGUAGCAAGGAUAAUGCUACUUGUGCAAAUACCAGGGGAUCAUUCAACUGUUCUUGAAAUCCUGGAUACGUUGGGGACGGACAUCACUGCCAAGUUCCUAAGGACUGUGCCGAACUGUACAGAACUGGACAAAGUCGCGAUGGAGUUUUCACUAUUAAUCCUGACGGUGCAGGUGCCUUUGAUGUUUUCUGUGACCAAACGAGGGACGGUGGGGGGUGGAUAGUACUCCAAAGAAAACUUUAUGGCUCGUGCGACUUCAGCAAAGAUUGGAAUGCCUAUAAAAAUGGCUUUGGAAAUCUCUCCGAAGAUUUUUGGCUUGGGCUGGACAAACUACACCGCUUGACAAAUAGUAGCCACCACCAACUUCACGUUUAUUGGUCCCCCAAUGAUCGACAUUUCGAAUCCCUUAGAGCUAUUGAAUCCUUUAAAGUA